AUGCGGACAUCCCGCCGGCGGCGGCGGAGGUGGGACAGAGCCUGUAAUGGCAGCGCAAAACCCUUCUCGCUCCUCGGCAGCUGCAAUAUCCCAUUAGCGCCGCCGCUCCUGCUCCUCUUCCUCUCCCUCGCCGCAGUCACCCUUCUCUUCUGCAAGUUCGCUUCGCUCGGCGGCGGCGCCACCACCAACCUCCCCGUCGGAACGCCGGCGGCGCCGCCACCCGCACCGCCCAGCUCCACGGCAGCCUCCAUUAACCAUUCGGAACCGUCUUUGCGGGCCGUACCGUCCUUUUCAGGGGACCCGCCGCUGCGGAAUGCAGCUAUCUUAUCAGAGGGAGGAGCAAUGGAGGAGGAGAAGAGUGUAGAAGGAAGAAGAGGUGGGGGACCCUACCAUGAAUGGGGACUCUUCAGGGAGGGCUUCGAGGAGAUGAUGAAGACCCUCAAGAUCUUCGUCUACCCAGAUGCCCGCAAUGCCUCCUCUCCCUUCGCCGGCGUCUUCCUCCCCCACCCCAACCCCUCCAACCCCAAGCUCGGCAACUACUACAGUGAGCACAUCUUCAAGCUCGCCCUCCUCCAUAGCUCCCUGCUGACCUCCGACCACCAGGAAGCCCACCUCUUCUUCAUGCCCUUCUCCAUUAACGCCCUCCGCAACGACCCGAGAGUGAGAUCGGAGGCGGCGAUCUCUGAGUUCGUUGCCCAGUAUGCCGCCAAGGUGAGCCGUGAAUUCGUGUCCUGGAAUGCCUCCGGUGGGGUGGACCACUUCUACGUCAGCUGCCAUUCUGUGGGGAGGGACGCCGCGGCGAGGCACCGCGAGCUCAGAGACAACGCCAUCCAUGCCUGCUGCUCAUCGAGCUACUUCCAGAGGAAUUACGUUGCCCACAAGGACGUUGCACUGCCGCAGAUCUGGCCACGCCAGCCUGAAAGGACUCCGGAGCCCCCCGGCGCAAGGUAUGCCAGGCUCUUCUUCUCUUCCCGAGCUCCACUCAGUCCCCAUUUACAUCAACCAUUUCAUUCUUCUCCAUAAAAUUUAUAAUCCAAGUGCAUUCCGCCAUAAAAAAAUUAAAAAUUCCAUCUUCCGAGGACCAACUUCCGUGUAAUUACUAUUUGUUUAUAGGCAUCCGUAAUUUGUGAGCUACUUUAGAUGUUCAAUUAUAGAUAAAAUUGAAGCUCAUGAGAUAUUCAUAGAUAUAUCUUGGUAGCACCAGAGCUCCUGUUUCCUGGAUUCCAAGGACCAGGGGAUUAUACUUACUACCAAUGAGUUCAUUGGUAGUAAAAAAAAAAAAGAAGAAAAAAGAAGCAUAUUUCUGAGGACCAACUUCAAUAUAAUUACAAUGUGUUUAUAUGCAUGCAUCCAUCUUGCCUAAUUCCUAAGCUAUUUUUGAUGUUCAGGUGUAGACAAAACAUACAUACUUACAUACAUCUGCAUAUAAACACGAAGUAAAUCGGAUAAUUUUCAUAGAUAUAUAUAUAUAUAUAUCUUGGUAGCAUCAGAGCUCGAAUCGGAUUAUGAUUUCUAGCUAUGAGUUCGGCAUCCAACAAUGCAGGAAGAGGCUCGUCUUCUUCGCCGGGCGGAUACAGAAUUCUCAAGUCCGGAGGGAGCUGAUUUCCCAGUGGGGGAAUGACACGUCCAUGGACGUCUUCUCCGGAAACCCACCCUUCCCCUACGAGGAAGGCUUCAGACGGAGCCGCUUCUGCCUCCAUGUGAAAGGCUACGAAGUGAACACUGCGAGGAUCUCAGAUUCCAUCCACUACGGCUGCGUCCCCGUGAUCCUCUCCAACUACUACGAGUUGCCCUUCGCCAGCGUGCUGGAUUGGAGCAAGUUUUCUGUCAUCAUCAACCACAGAGACAUCGUCAAGCUGAAGCAGGUUCUCAUCUCGUUCCCUCCUCGCAUGUACCUCGCCAUGUAUGAGAACCUCCUCCUGGUUAGGAGACACUUUGUCUGGCAUGUGCCUCCAAAGGGGUAUGAUUCCUUUCACAUGACUGUCCACCAGCUAUGGCUGAGGAGGAUGGCCCAUCUGGGCCAUGUGUCCUGA